AAGCCUAGACUAAGGAGACGGCCAACCGCGCUCUUACAGUCUUGGGAGGGACCAGUUCCCGUCCAGUCAUCAAUCGCCAGCAGGGAUUUUUGAGGUAAUCUACGUUGCGUUUCAUGCGAGGCGCCUAUUGAAUUCCGGGGGGGCGACGUCAUUGUAUUGUAUGUACGACUGUAUUGUACAAUACGUAUGGAUUGUAACUAACAAGGUGCCACAGAGGGGCAGGGCGGGAGUUCCAUGUCAUGGAAUCAAAGAGGGCAUUGAUUGGCAUUUGUGGUUGAUUGAAUUCCAAGCAGAUGGGUAAAUAUUAGAGAGCCCUGUCCUCUUAGUCUUUAUGCUCUUUUUUUCUUUUCGUCUUUUUAAUUUAAUUUAUUUGUUUGGUAUUUCUUACCUAGAUAUUUACGAUCUGACGAUAGUCGAAUUCGAGUAUCGUUGUUGUUCUUAUUACGACUCUUUUGCUACUUUGAUUAUAUUACAGGUUGGUUGGUGGGCUGUGUAACUAUUCGCAAUGUCGGCAAAUUGUACGAUCGCGCCAGACGCUGUGCCGAGCGAUGCUGGCGUUGCGGGUAUUGGUGUCCUCCUCUCCUUCAUCAUCACCGCCGGGAUAGCCCUCAUCAUCAGCGCCUCCCUGAUCAUCGAGGAAACCCGGAGCCGCCGCGCCCACAAGACGUCUCCCCAAAAACCCUCCACCCUACGCCGCAAGCUCCUAAACUCGUACUCGGACCAGCAGAUCCUGACGGGGAUCGGGAUCCAGGGGGUCGGCCUGGCCAAAGCCGACACGCUGAUCCCGUACCACUUCUUCCUGGUGUGGAUGCUGUCGCUGCUGUCGAUGGCGGUGCACAACGCGACGCUGCUGGCGCUGGCGCGCGACUUCCGCCGCGACUGGGUGCUCCGCUGGAUGCGGCAGGCCCUCAUGUUCGCCAACCUGGUGCUGUCGUGCGUGUACGGCGUCUGCGUCCUCCGCGCCGUCAUGCGCGGCCUCAACGACACCACGUACCCCAUCGCCUGCGUCUGGCGCGCCGACGCCGCCGGGGCCGGGCACGCGUCGAGCAACUCGGGGGUCUCGUUCGCGGGCACCAUCGCGGUCAUCGCCGGGAACGUCGUGGUGUUCUUGUUCGCGACGUGGUACCUCCACGCGCGCCGCCUGCCCCGCUUCUACGCCGCCUUCCAGGCCGCGGGCCUGCUGCUCAUGACGGCGUCGGCCGUCGGCGCCACUGUCCGCGUCGCGUACCUCGCUGACGCCUUUGCGCAGCCGCCCAUCACGCUGCUUGAUCCGGGCGAGCAGCUGUGGAGCUUUGGCCAGCUGCUGUCGGUCGGCAUGCUGCUGCUCCCGCUGGUGUCUGUGGUCGAGAUCCUGAGGGGCGAUAUCAAGUGCGCGCCUCCCGUCCCGCAGGAGUACUACGAAGGUGAGGAUAGUGGCGGUGAUGAUGGCGCGCUGCUGGGGGCGAAGAGGGGGCAGGAGCUUAGAGGGGGGAGUGCGAUGGGGAUAGGGCCGCAGGCGGACUUCCAGCCGAAUCCGUUUUGGGGGUCGCAGACGACGUUUUUUAAGAAGGAGGCGUCUAGUCGGUAGGGCUUGUUUUUUUCUCGUGAUGAUGGGGGUGGGGAAGGAGAGGUGGAAGAUUAUUCUGGAAACGGAAAAGGAAAAAGGGAAGGGGAAGGGAAGUGGUUGGAGUCUAUAUACAGUAGUUGAUUGAUUUUCUAGAUGGGCGAGAUUGAGAUACCCCCUUUUUUUCUUCUUCUAGAUGGAUGGAUGAUACGCAAACGAGGGUUUUUUGAUAUCAAGCAAUACAGCUUGAGAUUUGGUAUGAUACGACUUACGUAACUUACAUUGAUGGCUACCUAUCUGCGAAGUUGUUAUCGACUUAAGGAAUGAC